CAUACAUCUACAUCCAAGAGAUACCCAACUCCCCACCCCCCCAUCCCGGGGACAUAAUCCCAUAAAUCAUCACCAACCAUGUCCGUCGCCGCCUCUUCCGCAUCCCUCGACCACGGACACCACUCGCACCCCUCCCUCACCGAGAGUCAGGGCUCUGUCCUCCACGAUUACCUCGGGGACGACAACGAUGCCUCCGUCGCCGACUUUAGCGAGAUCGCAGACGACGAGCACACUCACACCGAUGCCCCCGAUGAUGUGACCGAGGCCGGCCGCGACAGCGAGGACAAGGAAAACGGCCCCGCACACUCAAACGCCAAUUCAAAGGAAGGCGGCGUCAACAAGGUCCUCAAGAGUGGUGUAUUUGGUGCCUCACCCAAGAACACUGCAGCUCGCAAGGUCGUCAAGCCAGCCGCCACUCGCAUCUCGCUCGCCAAUCGCAAGCCCUUGACGGCCCCGACGGCAGCCUCAGCUGCGCGCACCGCCAACGCCGCCGUCCCCGGUGCCCAGCCGCCACGCCCGAAGACAGCCUCAUCGUCAUCAACCGGUCCGGGAUCACCCCGUGUCACUAAAGCGCGCCCCCUGGCAUCGUCGACAACUCCUGCGGCCAAGGCGCGCACGGGCUCCGCGGCCCCGGCUAUGGCAACGGCCACUCGCAAUAGACCGACAAUCAACAAGCCUACUGCGUCUUCCGCUGCUCCAACCCGCACGACUAUCUCGGCGUCGAGUGCGGCCGUGCAGAAGAUGCGCGAGGCUCGCGAGGCGCGUCAGGCUGCAGCGGCCGCCGCGAGCAGUGCUCGCGGAUCCGCGUCCACCCCUCCCGCGCGCGAGCUCACGUCUGUCGCUUCGACCACGUCCACCCGCACUGCUACUGCGCCUGCGGCCUCUGCUACAGCCACGAAGCCAGUUGCGCGCCCUCGCGCUUCUCUGUCCGUGUCCACCGCGGCUUCUGCAUCCGCCCGCACUGCCGCUCGGCAUGUCACUGCGGCCUCGACAUCUUCUCGCCCUCGUGCGAGCCUUGCGCCGGCCUCCUCCGGUGCCUCUGUGGCUAGAAAGGUAGCCACCGAGGCUGAGGUGCAGGCCCGCAUCGAUGAGAUCACCAAAAAGUUUGAGGAGCAGCAUGCGACUCUUGAGGCUAAGAUCGCCGAGGAGAAGGCCAACCUCGAGGUCAAGCUCGCCGAGGCUGCCGAGGCCAGCGAGAAGAAGUUUGGCGAGGAGAAGGCCGCGCUCCAGGGCAAGAUUGCCGAGCUGGAGGCGCAACGCGACGAGCUUGAGGCUAAGCUGGCCAAGGUGACCGAGGACCAUUCUGCCGCUCAACAGGCACAUGCGAGCACUACCGACAAGCUGGAAGAGCUCCAGCGCUCUCACUCUCGUAGCGUUGAAGAGUCGACCAACUCGCGUGCCGCGCUCAUUGCCGAGCACGAGGCAAAGAUCAAGGAAUUGACUGCCUCCCACGAGGAGUUUGACAACCAGGUCAAGGCCCUCGACACCGAGCUCUCCGAGGCUCUGUCGGCCAAGACCUCGGUCGCCGCCACUCUCGAGUCACUCCAGGCUGAGCUCGCCGCGAAGGUCAAGGAGCAUGAAGCUUUCGCCCUCAAGGCCAAGGAGAACACUUCAACGCUGGAGGCCAAAAUCGCCAAGCUAGAAAUCCUCAAGAAAAAGCUCGAGGAUGAGAUCGCCGAAGGUGCUGAGGAGGCCGAGAAGAGUAUGGCCGGCGCUGUGUCGCUCGAGGGCAAGCUCAGGGACCUGCAGGAGGAGAACGCAGAACUCCAAGUUGAAACCGAAGGCGAGCGCAAGAGGAUCAGUGAGGAGCGCACCGGGUGGGAGAAGGAGCGAGCUUCACUCAAGAGUGAGAUCGACUCCCAUCUCGCAAAGAGCACCUCGGCCAAGGAUUCCCUUGACAAGUCUGUGGCUUCGGCCGAGGCGUACGCGUUGGAGAUCAAGACCCUCAAGACCCAGCACGCCUCCCUUGUGGAGACCCACGCCGCCCUUAAGGAGUCUCAUGAGGUGCUCGUGGCCCAGCACUCGGACGUCUCAAACUCGAUCGCCGCGCUUAAGCAAUCCGAGAGGUCGUCCCAAGAGGCCGUGACCAAGCUUGAGGCGCAGCUGAAGGAGGCUGAGGAGAAGAUCAAGGCCUCCGCCGCAGAGGCAUCCGGUGCCGCCGACGCAGCAUCUGAACAGCUCCGCACGGAGCUCGCUGAGGCGGUGACGGCUCGUGAUUCUGCCCAGGCCAAGCUGGAAGCCGCAGAGAAGGAGGCUGCGGGCUUACGUGAUGCCGCGUCCUCCGCUGCUUCGCAGACUGAAGCCCUCAAAGCCACUAUUGCGGAGCUCGAGCAGCAGCUCAAGGCGGCCCAGGCGGAGCAUGAGGCUAAGCUGUCGGCUAGUGUCCGCGAGGCGCAGGAGAAGGCGUCGGCCGAGCACAAGACAGCCACUGAGGCUAUCAAGGCCGAAUAUGAAAGCAAAAUCGCUGCCCUCACCCAGCAAUGUGCUUCGAUCAAGAAGGAGCACGAGGCCAAGGUUACAGCGCUCACCGCUGAGCUCGACAGUCUGAAGAAGAACGGAGAGGGCUCCGCCGCAACACAUGCCAAGGAGCUCGACGCUCUCAAGGCGGAGCAUGCGACCAAACUUGCUGCUGCGGUCGCUGCGGCCAAGGAGGCAGGUGACCAGGCGCUUGCCGACAAGGUCAAGGCUCUCGAAACCCAGCACGCUGAGGCGACGAAGACACUCACUGCGACGCAUGCCAAGGAGGUCGAGGAGGCCAAGGCUGCCGGCACCAAGCAGGCUGAGGAGCUCCAGUCUCAGCUCACGGCGUCGCGCAGCGAGCACGAGGCUGCGAAGCAGGCACUUGCCACCAGCGUGGGUCAGCACGAGUCGGCUGGCAAGGAGCUUGAGGCUCUCAAGGCCUCACACGCGAAGGAGCUCGAGGCGCUCAAGGCGGCGAACGCCAAAGAGACCGAGGCGCUCAAGGCCUCCCAUGCCAAGGAAACUGAGGCGUUGGCGAAGGAUCUCGAGACGGUACGCUCCGCACAGGCCGCACUGGCCAAGGAGCUCGAGGACGUGCGCGUUGCCCAGGCAGCCGCUGCCAAGGAACUUGAGGCGUCGCGUGCUGCCCAGGCUAAGACUGCUAAUGAGCUGGAGGAGGCCCGCAGCGCUACCGCCACCGCAACCAAGGAGCUGGAGAGCCUCCGCGCGAGCCAAACCGCGGCUGCGAAGCAGCUCGAGGAUCAGCGUGCGUCGGCGGCCUCGACCACCAGAGAGCUCGAGGAGGCGCGUGUGCGUCUCAACGACGCUGAGACAAUGCGCACACAGCUGCUCACCAAGCUCGAGAAUCUUGACAUGCAGCUGGCGCAGCGAAAGCACUCUCCACCCGGGUCACCUGUCAAGCGCGCGGGUUCGCCUUCGGAGAUCGCACAGUUGCGCAAGGAGCUCGAGGCGCGCACUGACGAGCUUGAGGGCAUGAACCUUAUGCUCGAAAUGAACCGGACCGAGUUCGAGCGCGCCAUGGACCAGCUGAAAAGUGACCAUGCCGCAGCCCUCGCGAGCGUGAACGAGACCGUCGCGGGCCUGCAGGAGCAGCUGAAGACGGAGCUUGCCGAGAAGACGUCGGCGCUCUCCAAGGUCCGCCAGCUCACGGCCGGCUCGGACGGCUCGCCGCGCACCGCGCACAUUGCGCAGCUCGAAAACACACUCUCGCAGCUGCGCGCCGAGGUCGCGAGACGCGAUGUAGCGGACGCACCCAACGCCCCUGACGAUGUCGAGUCCACCGACGAGGAGCUUUAACGGUAGACGGGAGAUGUUCACGACUCUACGAUUAAUCCAUGCAUAUACUGUACUGUA